AUGGGAAAGACUGGCCAAAGCUCUGUGGAGAUCAGCUCCCCCAGUGAGGUGAAGCAUGCCAUCCCCUUCGAGACUCUGGACCCAGCAGCAAUGCCCGGCAACACCAAGCCAGAGCUACCAAACCGGGGCACCUGGAAGGGCAAGUUCGACUUCCUGCUGUCCUGUGUGGGGUACGCUAUUGGACUGGGCAACGUGUGGAGAUUCCCAUACCUGUGCGGCAAGAAUGGAGGAGGUGCCUUUUUGAUUCCCUAUGUCCUGACCCUGGUGUUUGCUGGGGUGCCUCUCUUCCUGCUGGAGACGGCUCUGGGGCAGUACACCUCUGUGGGAGGGCUGGGGGUCUGGAAAUUGGCACCAAUGUUCAAAGGUGUGGGGAUGGCUGCAGUUGUACUGGCCUUCUGGCUCAAUAUUUAUUACAUCAUCAUCAUUGCCUGGGCUCUUUACUAUCUAUUCCACUCCUUCGGAUCAGAGCUUCCAUGGCAAACCUGUGACCACCUGUGGAACACUGACCGCUGCUUCUCCAACUACAGCAUCCCUGACACUGCCAACCUGACCAGCACUGUCACCGAAUUCUGGGAGAGAAACAUGCACCAGAUAACAGGGGGCCUGGAUGAGCCAGGCACGUUGAGGUGGCCGCUCGCUGGCACGCUGGCCCUGGCCUGGGUGCUCGUCUAUUUCUCCAUCUGGAAAGGAGUGGAGUGGACAGGGAAGGUGGUGUAUUUCUCCUCUAUCUACCCCUACUUCAUGUUGUUCAUCUUGUUUUUCCGUGGGGUGACUCUCCCGGGGGCAAAGGAAGGCAUUCUCUUUUACAUUACCCCUGAUUUCAGUAAACUCACCCAUUCGGGGGUCUGGCUGGAUGCAGCCACUCAGAUUUUCUUCUCCUAUGGCCUGGGACUGGGCUCUCUGAUUGCCCUCGGGAGUUACAACCAUUUCAACAAUGAUGUAUACAUGGACUCACUCAUCGUUUGCUGUAUAAAUUCCACCACCAGCAUGUUUGCAGGCUUUGUCAUCUUCUCCAUCGUGGGCUUCAUGUCUCACAUCACAAAGAAGCCCAUCCAAGAGCUGGCAGCUUCAGGACCAGGCCUGGCCUUCCUUGCCUACCCACAGGCCGUCACUCAGCUGCCCCUGUCUUCCCUAUGGUCAGUGUUGUUCUUCUCUAUGCUGAUGAUGCUGGGGCUGGACAGCCAGUUUUGCACAGUGGAAGGCUUUGUCACUGCCCUGAUGGAUGAGUACCCUGUGUUAUUGAGGUCAAGAAAGAAAGCAUUCAUCGCUGUGGUGUGCUUCAUCUCCUACAUCAUCGGCUUUUCAAACAUCACCCAGGGCGGGCUCUAUGUGUUUAAGCUGUUUGACUAUUACUCAGCAAGUGGAAUGUGUCUGCUGUUCUUGGUGUUCUUUGAGACAGUGUCGAUAUCCUGGGUUUACGGGGUUGACAAGUUCUAUGGCAACAUCGAGGAGAUGAUUGGCUACAGGCCCUGUAUCUGGUGGAAGCUAUGCUGGUGCUACUUCACUCCCCUGGUCUGCCUGGGGGUGUUUCUGUUCACAGCUAUAGAGAUGACACCGCUGACCUUGGGGAAGUAUGUAUACCCGGCCUGGGGUCAGGGGGUCGGCUGGGUUAUGGCCCUGUCGUCCAUGGUGCUCAUCCCUGGAUAUGUCAUCUACAUGCUCUUGACCACUAAAGGCAGCUUCAGGCAGCGUUGGCAUAAGAUGACCACUCCUAAUCAAGAACUCAAAGAUCAGCACGACAGUCUCAGACAGCAGACCUCCUUCACUGGGAGCUUCAGUGAUGCUGCAGUGUAGACCUGUAGUAUGUGUCCAGGGUACAACAACAGGAAGCCACUAGCAAAGUAACA